AUGUCGAAAAUCUCAAACCUAGACUAUGCUGCCCUUAAUCUCUUCGGAGACAACUAUUUGCAAUGGGAACUUGAUACAAAGAUUAACUUGAGGUCAAAUGAACUCGGUGAUGCUAUCAUCGAGGGCAACAAUGAGACUGAUAAGAAUCGGUACAGGGCUAUAAGUAUUAUACGCCACCAUCUUAUUGAGGGUCUAAAAGAUCAGUACCUCACCAUGGAGAAUCCACUAGACCUUUGGACCGCUUUACAGCGACGAUACGAUCACCAGAAAACGGUGCUAUUACCAAAGGCUAAACAUGAGUGGAAGAAUCUCAGAUUCAUGGACUAUAAGUCUAUGGAUGAAUACAAUUCAGUAUUGUUUAAGAUAGUCUCAAUGAUGAGACUUUGUGGUGAGGAAGUAACCGAGAAAGAGUUGCUUGAUAAAACAUUCUCCACGUUCCAUUUGACGAACGUGUUGCUGCAACAGCAUGAGAUGAGACCCAUCGGAACAGCAGCAUUACCAGAAGCCAAAGAAGCUGAAAAGAAAGAUCCCAAAGAGUGCAACCACGUCCAUGAUGAUAAGAGAUCACACGGCAAAGGCCGUAGUAGAUACAAAGGACGUGGCCGUGAUAACUACUCAUAUGACCGGCAAGGAAACCAUAAUAAUCGUGGUCGUGGUUCCAGCUAUGGCCGUGGCCAAGGCAGUUAUGGCCGUGGUCGAGGCGAGAGCCUUAAGAACAAGAACCCGGAAGCCCAUAUGGUUCAUGAUACCGGGUAUGAUGCUGAUGAUGAUUCCGACCUUGAAAAGGACGACCUCUUGGAUUUUGAGACUUCUGAUUGUCUCAAAGACUAA